AAGGAUUUCCUGUCUCGUCGUUUGAAAACAGCGUUACCACGGCUGUGAUGUAGCUGAACUUGGCGAGCUAAACGAGGGAGAUAUGAGUACUACUUUCAGCCUGUAACAUAGGCGCUGUUGGUCCUGGGAGCUUGAACUGAUGCUUGUUCUGCUCGCUGAAUCGCCCUGCUGUCCGUAUGUUCAACAGGUGAAGCUCACCUGAGUUUAGUUUGACUCGUUCAUGGCGAGCCAGGCCUGGCUGGAGUCCUCUCUGCGGCGCUCUGCCAGUCUGGGCCUGGAGGUGCUGGAAAGGGCCUCCAGGCGCAGCAUGGACUGGACAAGCACCAGAGCUUCUCAGACCUCUACCACCUCAGAGGAGGAAGCACAAAUACCAGCCAAGAGCUCCCACACAGAGAUCAAUGAUGUCUUUGCAAACAUUGCAGAGCUCAUGGUGCAGACGACCUAUCAGUGCAAGAAGUUUUAUGGGUCUGGAUGUUGCACCAUUCCCACUGACACUGAGAGGAGCCACGUGUGCCGAUUCCAUGCACGGCAAGCUGGAUCAACAAAACCUGCAGUGUCUACCAGAAAAAAUGUAAAGGCCCCUCACAGAAAGGCCCCUGUGUCUGCAGCAGAUGAGGAUUUCUACAUCGAGGUGUCUCCGGGGACAUACGCCAUCACUGCCAGCACGCAGGAUUCCCAGCAGCAGACUCAGCUGGUCACUGUGAAACCAGGAGAGAGCAUCAACCUCACCUUUAAUCUCUGAUGACUCCCCUGACUCAGAAAGUCACCUUUUUUAACUAAACCAACCAAAGCUUACUUUUUCAUGUGUUUACUGCCUGUUUUUAUUUCUGCUUCAAGUGUCUACAAUUUAUUCUAUCAAAUAAUGCUAUUUGUUGAAAUUUGAGAAGCCAUAUUUUAUUCCUCAUACUUGAGGAUUUUAUCGUGUAGAUCUUGUUGUUUUGUCAUGCACUUAAUCUUUGCCUGCACUAACGCCACAUCAGUGUAUGAGUUCAGUAUUUUUAUUAAACUCUUGUUUGUUUUUACCAUC